AUGGAAGAACUUGAAGUAGAUCAUCAAUGUCCCUCAGAGGCUUCUAGCAGCUCUGCAACAUCAGAGGGAACUCCAUCCAAGGAUGGGGAAAAGUCGAAGACGUUGAAGAUGAAAGGAAAAGGAAAAGUUAUUGCAGAGGGUUCUGAAGCAGAGCCAAAAUCCGAAUCGGGUUCAAGCCUUUUGCUUGAUCUAAGGCUCUCCAAUGACGAUUCUACGGUGGAACUCAACCUGUGCAACUCUCUCAACAUGGCUUCUUCACCGAAAACGAAGAUGAUGGAACGUGAAAAACAAUCCGAUAGGCGGGUUUUUUCCUGCAAUUUCUGCAAGAGAGAGUUCUCCACUUCACAAGCACUGGGUGGACACCAAAAUGCACAUAAACAAGAGCGUGCAAUGGCAAAAAGGCGACAAGGUAUGGAUAUGCCAGGCUUUGGACAUCCACACGUUCAUUAUUAUACCUAUUCAAGCAUCCCACACGUCCCUUUAUAUGGCUCUUUCAAUAGGUCACUUGGGGUGAGGAUGGAGUCUAUGAUUCACAAGCCUCCUUACUCAUGGAUGACGCCGCCGCCAUCUGGGUACCAAUUUGGCCAUGGUGGGUGGCUUAAGCCUACCAUGAUGAGCCCACAAUCAUCUUUUGAGCAUAGAAUGAGAAGGGAGGAUUUUCAAAUGCACGGUGGUGGUAGUAGUGGAUUUGGAGCUCCUGCAGGGCCUUCUUCUACGAUUGAGGGAAGUGGUGGUGGUGCAAUUUCAAGCCUUGUUGGAGGUUCCAAUUCAAACGGUAAUGACUCCAGCAUUUUGGCUAACAAGACAAGUGGAGGUGAUAAUCUUUGGCAAGGGGGCCAUAAGGAAGAUGAUCAACCAGGGGGACUAAAUCUAGAUUUGUCUCUCUAG